AUGACAUUCAUAUUGUAUACUUUUAUUGCCCUUCUCACUGCUAUUAUAGCUUAUAAAAUCUUCCGUUAUUCAACGAAUGGCAAGAUCCAAGCGACUGACAAGUUUGUCUUGGUGACUGGAUGUGACUCUGGUUUUGGCCGACUUACUGCUUUAAAACUGGACCAAUUAGGAUGUUAUGUAUUUGCAGGAUGCUUAACUCAACGUGGCAUCGAUGGAUUGCGUAAAAUAGCAACCAAACGUCUUCAUCCGUUCAUGCUGGAUAUCACUAAUGCAGAGGAUAUUGCAAGAGCUGUUCAAAUCGUAACGCAAACAUUGCCUGAUGAUCAAGGCUUAUGGGGUAUUGUCAAUAAUGCUGGUGUAUCUGGCAGUGGAUUAAUCGAAUGGGUACCCAUUGAACGUUAUAAGAAAGUAACAGAAGUCAACUUGUUCGGCUCAGUAGCCAUCACAACAGCUUUCUUACCACUGGUUAAAAAAUCACGCGGUAGAAUUGUCAAUAUUGGUAGUAUUCUAGGUCGUAUAUCCACUGCUGGUUGCAGUGCUUACAGUAUCUCCAAGUACGGCUUAAUGGCAUUCUCCGAUGCUUUACGCCGUGAAAUGAAGUAUUUUGGUGUCACAGUGCAUACAGUUGAGCCUGGCUACUUUAGAACCAAUAUGAUUUGUGGUGGUGCUCUUGAAAGAGAGACUCUCCAGUUAUACAACAACUUGGACGAUCAAACCAAAAAAUUUUAUAGUGAAGAAUAUGUCAAUAAACUACUAGAGGAUAUUCGAAUUUAUGUUCAGCAAGCUUCAUCGGAUUUAAAUUUGGUUGCUGAAACUGUUGCCGAUGCAUUACUAUCGACCAGACCAGACUAUCACUAUCUGAUUGGUUUUGAAUCGAAAUUAAUGGCAUUGAUAGCGCUUUUACCUACAAGCUGGAGUGAUUACUUAUUUAGUCAAUUUUUCACUAUUCCAUUGCCUGCAGAAAAUAACUUAUAG